UCUACAGCUAUGCGUAGAACGCCUCCGAACGCUUCCGAACACCGCCGAAACUCCACCGGAUGUUUGGAGAUGACGUAUCUCCCCCCAGAUGGCGGCAAAAUGUACCUGUUUUCCGUCUUGUUAUCGUUGCUAUUAAAUAAAAAAUGUCUCUUUCUACGCGAAUGGCUCUUGAAAUGGAUAUCGCUGCUAGAAGGCGUCGUCGUCGGUCAUCUCGUAGAGCGACUUACCGGCAGGUUAUGAUGUAUGUAUGUGGACAUUUGGUUCAAGGUGCAAAUCCCACAUCCUAUCCUGAGGUUAAUCUGCAUGUGCCCAUCCUUCGUCUCUACUACAAUGGUGGAGACCUCAAGCGAGAUCUCCGCUUGUCUCGGGAGACCAUCACAGCCCUUAUUGCAAUCCUGGGGUCUGACUCGGACCAUGGUUGGCCAAUAGAGAACAAUGUGUUGGUAUUCAUUUAUUGGCUUGCCCAUGCUACCACUUAUCCAGUGGUGUCGAGGGCUUUCGACAUCCCACGGUCCACGGUCUUCGACAUGGUACACCGGACAUGCAUGGCUAUUGUGGGCAUUCUCCGGAGGGUAGUUGGACAUCCCCAGGACCUGGAGGAAGUUGGGAAUGGCUUUGCGGCAUCGACUUGUUCGCAAGCAUUCAAUGUGGCAGUGGGGGCCAUAGAUGGCUGCCACAUUCGUGUGAAGCCCCCAGCAGCAGAUGGAGCCUGCUACUUCAACCGGAAGCUCUUCCAUUCAAUCCAGAUGCAGGCCAUCUGUGACCACCGAGGCAGGUUCAUCGAUGUCUUUGUUGGAUUCACAGGUUCUGUCCAUGAUUCAAGGGUGCUGAGGAACAGUCCGGUCUUUUAUGAGGCCUUGUACCCACCUGAGGGCCGGUGCAUCCUUGGGGAUGGUGGGUAUCCGUGUUUGACGAGCCCAAUUUGCAUAAUGACCCCUUACAGGGAACCAGUCCGAGACCCUGUGCGUGUCCUUUACAAUCGUAGGCACGCACGGGCGAGAAAUGUCAUUGAGAGGGCAUUCGGGAUGAUGAAGGCAAGGUGGCGGUCCAUUUUCUUUAAGGCACUGGAGGUCAGUCCCCCUUUUGUCCCUUACGUGGUCACAUGUUGUGCCAUCCUGCACAAUGUCUGUGUUGCCAACGGAGACCUUGUUGAGCCAGACAUUGUGGAGGAUGACCAUGGGCGUGACAAUGAUGGUCCUGCAGGUGAGAGGGUCAUUGAGACAAGGCGAGGGGAUGAUGCACGUGCGAUCCUGGCUGCUGCCGUUGCUGCUGGGCCUCGUGUGGCAGCACCUCACGGGCACGACUAUCUGUGAGAUAAAGCCAGUGAUUCAUUGUUUAAUAAUUCUCAAUCAGUUCUCUAUCAGUUCUCAAUCAGUUCUACAUUUAGCAGACGCUUUUAUCCAAAGGGACUUACAUCGGUUAAUACACACAUUGACACACCGACGACAGAGUCAACCAUGCAAGGCGACAGCCAGCUCAUCAGGAGCAAUUAGGGUUAAGUGUCUUGCGUAGAGACACAUCAACACUGCUAGGAGCUGGGGAUCAAACUUGCAACCUUCCGGUUACAAGUCAACUGCUCUACCUCCUGAGCUAAGCCGACCCUAGUUAUGUUGUCGCUUGGUAUGUUAGUGCUGCUGCGGCUAUUCAGGUCGGUGUGUUGCAGAUCUUGGCCUUUUCUUUCUGUCGUUGGUUGGUGUGCGGUUGGGUGGACACACACGUAGAGAUGUGAUAUUUAUACUGCCAUCUAUUUGUAUAUAUGCUGCUAUUUAUUUAUAAUAUGGAAAAUUAUUGAUGUAUUGGUUUGUUUAUUGUAUUGGACUCGGAAAGGAGUAAAUAAACAGUUGAUUGCUUGAGCAAAAUAUCAACAC